AUGAGCGGGCGCCCCCCCGCGGCCGCCGGCGCAGCGCCCCCGCGCCAUGGAGGGAUUCCCCGCCCGCGGGUACGGCACCGGCGGCGCGGACAACCGGCCGCUCUUCGGGGAGACCUCGGCCAGGGACAGAAUCAUCAAUCUAGUUGUUGGUGGCUUAACAACCUUGCUGCUUGUAGUCACUCUAAUCAGUGCUUUUGUCUUCCCGCAACUACCUCCAAAACCUGUGAAUGUAUUUUUUGCUUUCUGCAUCUCCUUGUGUUGCAUUUCUGCUGGCAUUCUUAUCUACUGGUAUCGACAAGGAGACCUGGAACCCAAAUUUAGGAAUCUAAUUUACUACAUAUUGUUUUCUAUUGUCAUGUUAUGUAUAUGUGCCAACCUGUACUUCCAUGAAGUGGGUAAAUGAAGGACAUUGGGAAUACCCAGCAAUGAUGCUGCUGUGUCAGACUGCUUCCAGCUCAGCUCUCAGCUCUACUCGAGACAUUGAAGUGAGAACCAUCAGCCUGAGAGGAAAGAAGUGGGUUGUGCAAGGAUAAAUCAGUACAUGAUUUUCAUGUAAAUGUAUAUGUAAUGUCCCUCUUGUUGGGGAGAAUUAUUGCCAUAAGACGUGACAUUCUGCUUUUUUUUGAAGAGCUACUGUUGCGCUUAAUGAACAUUCCAGUUGUACUGAUGUUUCAGAAUGGCACAAGCUUUUUCAUUUUGGAAAAAAAAUGCACUUUUUUUCAAUUACUGUACAAAUAAACUGCAGCACUGAAAGGAUCUGUGGCAGUAUAAAUAAAUGGCAUCUUACAGUCAAGUAA